AAAAACCUAAUAAAUCCAAUCAUAAUUAAGCCUGGAAAUAUUUAAAUGAAUAAUAAAUAGUAAUAAAAUCUUUUUCCCAUUUAAAUCUCUGAUUUGAAAAUCAAUUCCUUGCUUCGUCAACCCCACGUUGUCCAAUCCCCAGAAAACCCUAAAUUCAUUCGUCUUGAUUUAUCCCCAAAUUUCAUCCGAAAAUACGUUUUCUUGUUGAUUAUCAGUUGAAUUAGAGUCAUGAUUACCGGUGAUUUUCUCAAUAUUCAACCAGAAGAACUCAAGUUCCCCUUUGAACUGAGGAAGCAGAGUUCAUGUUCUAUGCAAUUGGCCAACAAAACUGCUCAUUAUAUUGCAUUCAAGGUUAAAACUACCAACCCCAAGAAGUACUGUGUCAGGCCCAACGCCGGGAUUGUUCAGCCUGGCACUGCAUGCAAUGUUACCGUUACAAUGCAAGCUCAGAAAGAGUUACCUUCUGAUAUGCAGUGCAAGGACAAAUUUCUCCUUCAAAGUGUUAUUGCACCCAAUGGUGCAACUGCUAAAGAUGUAAACCUGGAAAUGUUCAAUAAGGAGGAUGGAAAGGUUGUUGACGAAUUCAAAUUAAGGGUUGUUUACACUCCCACUAAUCCUCCUUCACCAGUUCCUGAAGGAUCUGAGGAAGGUUCUCCUCCCAGGGCUUUCACAGCUGAGGAAAAUGCUACAUUGCAUGAUGCUGUAACAAGAUCUUUGGAGGAGCCCAGAAAGAAACCUUCAUCUUCAGAGGCAUGGUCUAUGAUUUCUAAAUUGACCGAAGAGAAAGCUUUCGCUAUUCAACAAAAUCAGAAGCUCCAUCAGCAGUUGGAUCUGAUGAGAAAGGAAAUCAGCAGAAGCCAUGUUGGUGGCUACUCCAUAUUGUUUGUGGGGCUGAUUAGUCUACUAGGCAUUCUGGUUGGGUACAUAAUCAAGAAGACAUAGGAGAAGCAGUGCCAGCAGUCUGCCAUUCGUUUUCUGCAUUUCAACAUCCAUUACCCCCGUGUUCUGUAUUUUUGGAAACUUUAUAGAACGGACAUUCUUCGUUUCUGAUGUAGAAACGGUGUGGAAUAUCAUGUAUAACCGACAUUCGACGGCAGAUGUCACCGAGUGUGAAAGGGAACUCCCUUGAUCUAUUUCAAUGAAUUUCAUACAAUCUGGACAACUUGAAUGAAUAAAAUGACUCCCU